AUGUAUUACAUAUGUCCACAGGUGGUGGAGUUUUGAUUGCAGUUAGAGAUUCAAUCAAUGUCAUACAUGUUAAUACCUCGUUUUUUCAAUGAUAGUUUCCCAUGUAUUGAUUUAUUGUGUUGUAAGUGCUACAUUUCUCAAGUCACAUUCUACGUAAUUGCAUUGUAUAUCCCCCCAGCUUAACCCUCACUUUGUUCACUUUUUUGAGGCUUUAGAAGA